GACUCCCAAGCCCGGGCUCUUUCCACUGAGCCACGCUGCUUCUCACUCUAGAGCGUAUCAGACAAGAACGCGACGCGGGGCCGGCGGGGAUUGGGCCCCAGUGCACUGGUCCAGCGUAGGAGCUGAGGUAUCGCUGGGGGACGGCAGGCGGGGAGGGGGGCUCCCGCCGACCCGCUCUUCCGCACCCCCUCCUCGCCCCCUCCCCGGCCGGGAAUCAUGACCGAGACCCGAGAGGUGGGAGAGACGGGGGGCUACGCCAGCUUCGAAGAAGAUGACGAAGAGCUCUCCCCCGGCCCCGAGCACCCGUCCGACUCGGACUACACCCUCUCGGAGCCGGACUCGGGGGAAGAGGAAGAGGAGGAGGACGACGACGACGAGGACGAGGAGGAGACGACGGACGACCCCGAGUACGACCCCGGCUACAAGGUGAAGCAGCGGCUGGGAGGAGGGGGCCGGGGCACGCCUUCCCGCCGGCCCCCCCGGGCCGCCCCUCCGCCGGGCCCCCCGCCUCCUCCCUGCGACGCCUGCGGCCUGCCGCCCCCCGGGGAGGGCGAAGCCCCCCCGGCCCAGCCCUGCCGCCUCUGCCGCCCCGCCGCCCCCCUCCCGCCAAACAGGGCCGAGGAGGCAGAGCCGGCGGGAGGGGACGGGGCCCAGCGGGAGGAGGGGGGCGCCUAUCACUGCACCGAGUGCGAGGAUUCCUUCGACGACCUGGGGGACCUGCACGGACAUUUCAUGCUGCACGCCAGGGGCGAGGUGUAGGGUCCCCUCUGGGGGAGACGGGCGGGGACCUCCUCUUCCUCCCCCAUCUCGGUCUUCGGAUCCCAGUCCCUUCCUCCGGGGCUGAGGGGGGCGGGGGGGGCCGGACCGGGGCCGGGGUU